GUGCCGCUGCUACCAGCACUCUUAGUGAGUUACGGACUGCAUGCAGUCGCGCGUCGAGCGUACUGGCGGCUCCCGGAGUCUUUCCAUUUCGCUUCGCUGUUUCUUGCAUCUGCCUCAUAACCGCCGCGUCCGGGCUCACCUCAUUCGCGCGAACCGACGUGUAUCGCGGGACUUAUCUGGUAGUGGCAGGCGACCGAAGCGAUCUUCUUCGGUUGUUGCAGCCAGCUCGGUAAAGGGUAAAAGAAAAGCGCGCCUGUACAUGUUCGCGCACGGUUGGAAGGACUGGUGAUCCGACAGUGAAGAAAAGAGAGAGAGAGAGAGACUGGACGUAGUGCGCGUGUGCAGUGUGUGCGCGCGACUUUAUCGCUCGCGCGUUUUGUUGUGUUACAAACUUUAGGUGCCUGUAGUUUGCGUCGUCAGUUCGUCCGCGCUAUUGUUUCUACCGUAUAUCGACGGUAGCAACCGCUGCGACGACGAUUACGAUUUCGCUGCAAGGCCGCGGACGUUUCGCAACGUGGCUAAUUGAGGAGGCACGCAACGAUUUAUCGAGAGACGGACGACGGAGACUAUAAGCGGAUCGGGCGAGAUAAGAACAGAAAGAGACGUACGAAAAGGGGGAAACGAGAAAACGGGCGAGAAAAGUGACAAAGAGGGGAGGACUGUCCAUUUCCGGGGGUGGAGACUUCCUGCCGCGUUUGCCGCCCCCCCCCCCCCUUUUACUCGUUCGUGUGAUCGGCUGCGUGUGUGUGUACGUAUAUCGCCUGGACAUGCGAGAGAUACGUAAGCGGUGUGCUAGAAUAAUUCUCGCGCUUUGUCAUAGGUCGUUGACGAGCGCGCACGUGUAACGUCACGUCGCUUCAGCCGGUCGCGUGGUUAGCGAUCAAACUACGCAACAUUUCGCACUGUAUUAUAUAUACGUAGCGCGCUAAAGUUUCUCGAUCGAGCGCGCUAAAACGCCGGAUCUCGCGUGAUCGCCGGGUCGCAACAGUGUUACUCGCGUGUGGCGAGAGACGGAGUCAGCAGUGGACUCUCGGCGCGACACCGUCAAUUUGUCCCCUCCCCCCUCCCCCGUUGUUCAUUGUGGAAGGUACUGCCGCCGAGAGAAACAGGAGAAAAAGAGGCGGAGGAGGUGGCGUCGCGCGACCAGAGAAAACAAAGUCAUAAGAACAUUUGGAUAACAAUACGAAGGAAAUUAUCUCAUGGAUUGCAACUCUUCGUACAUAUAAUAACAAUAUAAACCGCGACAUCGUCCGGGCGAGAUUAAUUAUUCAUCGUCUGACUCGGUUUCGGUUGACGUCGGCGAGAGAGAUCCGAUUACUAUCAUUUCUCUCCGCCGUGUAGAGGCAGACACGAGGUCGACACUUUUCGUCCCUCGGAUAGAUAUAGAGAUUCAAUAAGGACCGAAUGAACGUCAUGGAUAACGAGGAUACGAACGGAUCUGAGCCAGCGGAGUCGAACACAUCUUCGGUGGGUACGCGGACGCCACCUGGUUGUGCGCGAUGUCGCAAUCAUAAUGUAAACAUCGGUCUCAAAGGCCACAAGAGGUACUGCAAGUAUCGGUACUGUAUGUGCCGCAAAUGUACGGAAACCUUGGCUCGACAGAGAAAGAUGGCGAAGAAGACACGUCAACAAAGAGCGCGCAAGCAGGACGAGCAUAGGAAGCUCACAGGAAGAUUGCCCGAUGAGCAGGUGGAUCCAUCGCCUUCCGAUGUAGAGGAUACACCCGAACCUGUGGAGAAGAAACGAAAGAAUGACAACCUGGAGAUCUUACUUCAAUACAGUCUGAAGGAGAUGUACCACUUCCGCAUUGCCUGGCCGUUGAUGUCCUUAGUAACUACUAUCGUCAAAUAUGGUCAAGAAUACGCUUCAGAGGCGGAUAUAGCAGAAGCCAUCAGCCGUAUAUCUCGAGUUUCAAUAAUUCGUCACGCGAAAAUUAUUCAUCGGACCAUCGUGCAGAAUGUAAUUUUGUUGUUUCUCGCAAAUUUAUUUCCGCCUUGAAUUGUAUACUUGCAAUUGUCAAAUUUGUCGAAACUUGGCAUCAUUUUGCUAUUUGUUUUUCGAGCUCUUGAUUGAACACGUUUAAGUCAUAAUGUUGUAUAUUCGGUAAUCGGAAUGUAUUUUAGUCUGACAUUUCGAUAUGAAUCGAUAUGAUGCUUAAAAGCUCGGAGAGAAGCACAUUUUCUAUAACGCAAGUUUAUGCGUUUGAAAAUUGAUACAGACGUGACUGGAAGCAGCGCAGCAACAACUCGAAGAUAUUUCUGAUAUUUGCGGAUGACAGAAUGAUUAACGGCAUCGAAGUUGGUAAAUGUUAAAAGAGCUACUUAUUUUUGAAACCUUUUGUUGCGUCUACAAAAAAUCGCGCAUGAUUAUGAAAUAUUUGAUAGCAUUAAAAUCAUAUUAACAACCUUUAUGAUGCAAUCACAUACGAUUAGUUUGUCAUAUCUGCAAUUUGCGAAAAGAAAAUUAAUGAGAAAUAAAAAAUUGGACUAUCUUUUAAUAAUCUAUCUUUUAAUAAAGUUGAUUUAAAAAAUCAACUGUAUAUAUAUUAUCUAUUUUGAAUCGUCGCGCUGAAACUAUUUCACAGAAAGAACUUGGUGAUAAAUUAAGUCCAUGUGGCGUAUCUAACGCCCGCGACUAACUUUGACUGUGAAUCAUGCGUGUUUAUUUCUCUCUCUGUCUCUCAAAAGAGUCUCGUUAAACGGAUGCCAACUUCAAUGCGGGUAAAAUUCUAUUUCCGCGUGUAUUAUCCGCCAUUUGCGAGGGAAUCUGCACCCGGUAAUUUCCUGAGAUCGUGUUUUGGCACGAGCAAAUGUUUUCACGAUAAACAUUGCGAUUACAAGAUCAUCGAAUAUUCUUGCCACGACACGCGAAGACAACUUUGGAAGAGGAAACACACCUGUAUGGAAAGUUUCGAUUUCCUAUCUCUUUCUUCACGGAAGAAAAGUCUUGAUUAUCUUCAUGGAAGAUGUUGUUUCUCCGUGUUCGAAGAUCACGUGAACACUCGAGAGAGAGAAAACCUGUUUGGUAUCAAGGCGGCGGUGUUUAAAAUACGCCGACAGCUUUUACAAGACCCACAUAUGCUUCAUAUUUAUAAUUUCGCUGCGUUCCUGCAGAGUGAUAUGCCUUAAAGAAAGUUUCUCCUUCGCUUUCAUACGCGCGAUUGCGAAGCGUGAAAAGAUAAUUCGCGGCUGUCGAUAAUUAUGCUCGAAGAUCAUCUUCGUUAAAUAUUAUUUGCAGAGAAAAAUUUUAUAUAACACGAUAAUUAAAAAAAAAUAUUAACAUCAAAUUAACUAACAUAAGUGAAGACCACAAAAUUUUCUGACUAUUUUUAAAUUAUAUCAUAUCACGUCAUGACCUUUAUUUGGAAAAUAUAUAUAAAGGUCAGGGAUGCAUCGGCUGUUUUUCAAUAAAAUAUUUCACACAGUUGCAUUAUAUUACACCCAUUUAUCGAUAAAAAUGAUGAAUAUUCGGACGAUUUUUUGCGUUUGGUACUAAUGCGCAUCGCGCGCUGCGUCCUAAUUAGAACGGUCCUGCUUGAUGACUUACAACGUAACGCGUUGCCAUCGCCAUCGUCGCUUAAAAUACGUCGUAAUAAAUACGUGUCGCGCCAAGCGGGAAUCGUUACUGGAUAUUUCUGCAAUUAUAAUGUAGCCGUCAUUACACAUGCGUCUUAACUGUCCGACGAGUGCUAAAUUCUGCUCGGUUGGAGAGCAGCCAACCGUAACUUGAAAAUCAUCUUUCGUCGUUUUCUUCGAUGCAGUUUUCGAUUUACUCAAAGUCACUAUUCGAGUUAAUUCGCGUAUCCUGAAGUGAUACGAUAUGCAGGUACGAGCAAUAUAUACACACAAAUAUAUUUAGAUAGAUAUUUAAAGGACGUCUCUCGAGCGAAACAACCACGACGUUCGUUAAUCCGUUUUAAUAUCCCGGCACGAAUUUUUCCGAGGUCCGAGUCCGUGAGAAAAAGCAUGCUGAGAUUAAUCGAUAAAUGAAGUAUACGCGCCGCGCAGAUCCGGUUGUCGUAUCCCAAAGCAAGUGAGAAGCGAUUUAAGAUGGAGGGGUACGAUGUUUUUGCUUACUGUAACCAUAGAUAAUUGACUCUCGAGCAAAACCUCCCUUAUAGAUCGCCUCGGUUCUGGAUCACUGAUUAUUCGCCCAGAACCAUUGCGAAAUAUUUUAUUCACUCAUUUUGACGAUCGAACUAUUCAUUUAUUUCAUGAUGAUUUUUCGAUUUGCGGCACUGUUGAAUUUAUUGCUGUUUCGCGACAUGGCGAUGGUGCCGUGUAUUUAACAAGUCUCAAGACGCAGUCUCGUAUUAAUGUCACUUCGUAUGUAUUUACAUGUGCGAGACCGGAGCUGCCAGUUUUAUUAAGUGCAUUCCUACACGCACGAUAGUUGUAUCCUUUCUAAUUAAGCAGACUUAAGUUAAAAGUAAAAGCUCGAUGAUCGCGCUUCCAAAUGUUCAUAGUAAACUCGAGUCGACAUUUUUAAAUAUCAAUGCAGAAUCUCGAGAUAUAAUACUGUAUAGGUUAUUGUAAAAGAGACAUCCGAGUCGAAAUUUAGAAUAUAUUCUAAGGCUAUUAUUUACAAAUACGUCUGUCGUUAUUUGAUAAGUAAUCGUAAUUUUUAAGUCUCUGGUUAUUUGUUAACACAUAUUUAUUUCAUACAACACGAGUAUUUAUUACAUACAUCAUUUUUCGGUUGUUUAGAGAAAACGGCGGUACGUAAACAUUUAUAGCAAGUCAGAACCAGUAGUAGCCUGUGUAGUGUUAUAUCAUUUUAUAUUUCGAGAUUUUCCGUUGAUUCUUCAAGUCAUCAGAAUUUGCAGGAUUUAAUAUAAGACGAAAAUUUCGACUUUUUUCGUGACACAAAUUCGAGGCAGAAUGUCAUCGCUUUCAUAAGUUUGUGUAAUGUUCAAUAUCGCAUAUUUUAAGAAACUUUCACCACCAGCACAUCUCGAACCAAUUGCAGGGACGCUGGAAACCGGUGAAAGUAUUAAAUUUCAAAUUAAGAAACUGCCAGAAAAAGUAAAUCUGUUCAAUGAGAUGGAGAAUGAAACGUUCCGACAUAUAUAUAUAGACGCUUUGAAAAUGUAAUUAUCCAAAACCAUCAAUUGUUCAAUCUCCUAUCGCAAAACUCACACAUCGUUGUUUUGCUCAUAACAUAACGUCUCAUAAUAUUCUUGAUCGGAAAUUGGCGGGGUAAUUCCGAAACACUUCCACGAUCAUAUGUCAAGCUAAAGAUCAGGUAUCGACAGUUUCGAUAGAUCGUCUUGAUAAAGUAGCGCGUGAUUGUGCUUUAUGCGACGUAAUAACAGGGAGGAAUACGUUCCUCGGGGUUAAGUUCACGGAGGAGGGACGGCUAAGCGUCUGAGGGAAACGGAGAAAGCAUAAUUUGUUAAACUAGGUUCAGCUACUGUGUUACCACUACCCAAUCAUUAUAAAUCGUUUAAGCUGCGGUAUGGUUUGUUCGUCGAAACGUUAAAGAAUCUAGCGCCCCGGGGCGCUACCAAUCGUACACAACGUUUCUUGCGAAGAUCUUAAUGAGCGGAAAAUUGUCAGGACAAACAAGCAUGCGAUUAUUUAUUACUUUGACGCGCGCGCGCGUCUAAAUCCGAGAUUAAGACUCACGCUCGCGACUUCAUUAUCGGCGUUAUCAUCCUUACAAUAUAGAGCAAUACUUAUUCCAAUAGCCGACAUUUUUCUCACUCUUAUUAUUUUCGUCAUUAUCGUCGCUGUUAUCACUAUGUAUUGCUCUCGUCAUCGUCGCGCCAGCAAUCCGACAGUUUAUAAUUCAAGCACCCAGCACCGUCGUUUUCAGGAGGACUGCAAUUAACCAGUGAACAGAUUCAAAAGGGAAACCCGUCGUCCUUUUUUCUUCCUUUUUUUUUGUUUUCUCCUUUUUUUGUUUCUCACAGAAUUACUAAUUAACUGAGCCGAAUGUUGAGUAUCAAACAUUUCGCUGCCGCUUAUAUUGUUAUCGCGGCGCCAGUCGCUAUCGUCCCGGAAUAAAUAGAAUCGUAAAGGGGAGUCUGCGUAGUCGUGAUCUCGUUUGGCCGGUUGGAUAGCUGCGUUUUAAGCCGACGCAGAAAGCGACAUUCCAACGACGGUCUCGCGUACGAGCAGGUGAACGAUUAACGUCGCGUCGCGCCGAGUGCAUCGUUACGCUAUUAUUAACGUUAUGUUGCUGCGUGUAAAAUGCGCAAGCUCAAGCGAGUAUCGAAAGCUGACGAACCCGAUAUGAAAAAUAAUAACACGCUGAAAAUUUUGUUAUACAAAAGAACAAUAGAACAAGUGCUCACGCGGAGAGAAGUCCUCAGUUAAAGAACAGCCAGUCUGCAACAAACAAUUAUCCGAGCGUACGUAUUCCAAUCGCGUAGUUCUUCAUGUACGAUUCGUUCUUGUGGACUGAGCGGAAAAAUGCACUCGACGAGUGGAAGGGUCUCUUAAUUGAUUACGAUGGCACUUCCGAGACCCGGAGAUCGGCGAAGGCGCGCGUACGUUUCACCGACUAGUUUGAUGUAUAACCAGUAUGCGCGCGUGCCCGACAGGCCUAAACGCGUUGGAAUGAUACUCAGCUAAAUAGCGAAUGUCCACACCUCUGCGCACGUGUCAGAGAUUAAUGACGCUACUCGCGCAGAGAGGUAAGGAUGCUUCGCCAUAAGAACAGUAACUGCGGUGGAGGUAGCAGCGCGCCAGUCUGGUGUAAAUAAUGAGUCAGCGAUAGUAAUGCGCACGCGGUAUGCCUUAAUUGCUUCUAAAUAUUGAUGCAGCCACUACAUAGUUCGCAGAGAGCGUAAAACAGGCGUGUUUCAAUGACACCCUCUAAUUACGAUCGGAUCAUUUUUGCGCGCGUCCUUCUUCGAACGCGACUUCUUCACCUCUUUCGCACCUUCUUCCUCUUCUUCGGGAUUCUUUGCGUGAACGAGCGGUCUCAUCUCAGUGAACUCGACUUGUCUGUUUGCAUUCGAAAUGUCGAAGGGGAACCGACAGCUCCGUAGCUCGUCUAAGAACCGGUGUCUUAAUGAGGCGCAACGGUGUCACGUGAUGUCACUUUUUGCUGGGCGAUAUUGUGCCGUGCGAGAUGAAAUACGCGGUACGUCGGGGUAAAUCGGACGAGGGAACCUGUCCGUGUCUAUCUCCGAUGUUUCGCGCGAUGCUAUCUUCCCCCUUCUCUCUCUCUCUCUCUUGAAAGAGAGAGAGAGAGACUCUAUUUCCUCUUCUACGUAAUCUAAGCAAUCGCUUAUAAUUAGGCAUCGGGUGUUGGAGUGCUAAAACUGUGCAUCGGAGGCCGCGGCAGAAACGCUUACGGCGUACUUGCCGAGCGCGGGAAAAGCGCGUUCCGUGCGAAAAGGAAAAGUGAAAGGUAAGACAAAAAUACAACGCGAUGACGCGAGUCGACAGGAUAAUUGUAUCGCAACCCAUUUUUAGAGAACUCCGUAUUUAUCGAAUGUUUGAUACACAAAAAUGGAUAUUAACGAUAUGCAAAGUGUUGUGUAAUAUUUAUACGCUAAAUUCCUUUCCUCAUCACGCGUUGCUCGUAAUUUUAAGUAACAAUCAUUUAACAGGAGGCCAAGAAAAAGGGACCGCGAACCUCGAAUAUAUAUAUUGGCUCGAAGUUGGCCACACGGCAUUCCUACGAUGCUCUCAAGUCCAGGUCGCGACAACGAUUAACGGCUCGCGGCCAAAAUAGCCAUGUAGCAAAUAUACGGUUACAGUGUAGCGAAUGUCGCGUCUCUCCUUGGAUUAAUGUGUCGCAGUAAGUGUCCGCGCCGUCGUCAUUCCGUGACGCGAAUUCGUGACGUCGCACGACGAAAACGCAUUCGAUCGUUUCCUAAAAUGGUACCGCCGCGAAAGGGCAAAUUGUGCGGAAUUCUGGCGAUUCGUUGACCGUACAAAUUCCACACUCGAACGAGCACCGGAUUGCUGAAAUUCUCGUCUUCGACGUACAACGCGCCGCUGCUGAUCGCGACGUAACUUGUACAAUUGUGUGUUUGUUAAUUGCAUAAAUAAUUAAAUAUUCUCAAUGCAAAGUAAUUAUCAGCUGUCGAGGCCGCGUACGGUUACGUCGCGUGAAGACACGACAAUGCAAUCAUUGCGAUACAUCGAUAUAAAUGCACGCCUAUCUAUCGUGCACGCCUACGCGCGUGUGCGUGUGUAUUUAUCAUUGACACGUGAGUGAAUAAGCGGUUCGCUUCUUCUUUCCUCACCGCGCCGCACUGCACCGCAUCGCAUAACGAAGGCAUAUUUUCAGUCAUCUCUGAGCGGAUGCUUUUGGCACGCAACGAGCUUUUGCGCGGAUACUUAGCGCGGGAACUCACGAUCGGCCCAACUUGACGUGACGAAAAUACUUCGCACUGAUAUCGCUCUUCGCGAUGUCAGCCGUCACCGUUACUCAUCGUAUUACAUCUGUCGCGGCGUAUUUUCGAAAACAUCCGGCCGCGCUCCGUCGUCCACGUUUAUCCCGUCUACGCGUAUGUUUAUGUAUUUUUAUUACAAAUACGUCGGAAAUCGUAUUGUGUAAGGACCGAAAUCUUGUCGUGCAAUAAAAUACUAUAUAAUUUUUAA